GCUGAGGAGCCGAGCCAGCGAGGGGGAUGAGCUGCUGGGCUGGGCUUUCACCUCUGCCUGCCUCUGUGUCCUGUCCUGUGUAAUCCAAACGGCGGCGGGUGGCGCGCGGGGCAGCGGCACGGGAGAGUAAGGCAGGCAUGAUGGCCAGGCACCCAAGCAAACAUGUGCGUGUGCCUCCUGUGCCCAGUACUAGCAGUACUGGUCACCCGCUUUACAAGCUGUGGGGGUAGGGAGGUUCCGGAGGAGCAAGCGGAGGCUGAGGCGCCGGCGCACUAAGCCAGCUCGACUUGGGGAUGGGGGCCUCUACCGCCAUGUCUGCAUCUGCAGCAGCCUUCCUCGGGCUCCGAUGGGAUGCUUGGCUGCUGCUGCUGGCUGUUCCCGCCGCCUCUUCUUCCUCAUGGGCAAGCCCCGCAGAUGAGAGCGGCGGUGGCAGGGAAGCGAGGGCGACGGGCGGCCGUGGCGGGGAUGGUGACCCCAGCGGGGCCCAGCGGGACGAGCAGCGGCCUCACGACUCCUCAUACGGCACCUUCGCCAGCGAGUUCUACGACAUGCACUUCCUUUCCGACGAGGGGGAAAGCAAAGCUUUUCAGCAAAACUUGGAAGAGGUUACUGAGAAGUUAUCCUUUCCCCACUGCUCCUCCGGUGGAUCCAUUUGCAAAAAUUAGAGUGGAUGACUGUGGGAAAACAAAAGGAUGCUUUAGAUAUGGUAAGCCAGGAUGUAAUGGAGAGACAUGCGAUUACUUUCUCAGUUAUCGCAGAAUAGGAGCUGACAUAGAGUUUGAGUUGAGUGCUGAGACAGACGGCUGGGUGGCUGUGGGAUUUUCCUCGGAUAAGAAAAUGGGUGGAGAUGAUGUCAUGGCCUGUGUUCAUGAUGACAAUGGAAGAGUCCGAAUACAUCACUUCUACAAUGUUGGUCAGUGGGCAAAAGAGAUCCACAGGAAUCCUGCCAGAGAUGAAGAAGGUAUUUAUGAAAACAAUCGUGUAACAUGUCGAUUCAAGCGUCCUGUGAAGGUUCCCAGAGAUGAAACUAUUGUAGAUCUUCAUCUGAGCUGGUACUAUUUAUUUGCUUGGGGACCAGCAAUUCAGGGUUCUAUCACUCGGCAUGACAUAGAUUCUCCACCUGUCUCAGAGCGGGUUGUCAGUAUUUACAAGUAUGAAGAUAUUUUUAUGCCAUCAGCUGCCUAUCAGACCUUCUCAUCUCCAUUCUGUUUGCUACUUAUCGUUGCACUGACAUUUUAUUUAUUGAUGGGGACCCCGUGAUGACAGCUGCAGUGUGGAUAGCACACAGGGCUUGUCAAUGAGCAUUGCUCAGGACAGGAGUCUUUUCUAUUGGAAUUUAUAUCACUGGACUUUUAAUUAUUCAUCGAUAGCUUGAGCUCCUUGGACAAUAGAAAUAAGUGAGCUCGCUGUUGCCUGAGCCAUAAAGAUGUGCCAAAUAAUCAUGAAAUUUGGAAAUAAUGAAGAAGCAAUUGUAAUGACUUUACACUUUGGGUAGAUAUAUUGCUUGUUUUAUGAACUUGUUUUUGUAAAAAAAACCAGUUGAGAUGGAGGCAUAUUACAAGAAACAGAUAGUACCAUUUCCUUUCAUUCAAGAAAAAAAACAGGGAGAUGCAUCAUCCUAAUGAAAUUAUUUACAGUGGCCAACCUCCCCACUAAUGGCGCAGAGGUCCAGCAUGCAAAGUACCUCCACAGUGUUUAGUAAUCCAGAGUCGAAUUCCAAGUUUGACAGUCCACCCAAGGAGUGUGUCACAUGACUCUUGGGGAUCUACUUCCAGGUUGCAUGAAGUGCUUCCAGGGGGAGGGGAGGAUCAUUAAAAAUCACCCCCCCACUGCCCUUCAUGAAGUACAAACAUGUAGAGGAACUUCACAUGCUGUGCCUUGACACCAUCACUGGGGAUAUCAGCAUAAUAUUUUUAAUAUAAUAGUUAUAAUUUAGGUUUCUUAUCACAAAGACAGAGUGGUUUUAAUUAAAGAAUGUUUUACCUUCCUAAAUAUUGUUCCUUAUAAGAGUUGUUUAUAGCCUUAAAUUUGUGCAGGCCUCCAAAACUACCAUGCACUUAAAUUUCUGUGUAGAAAAAUUCUAAACGAUACUUUUUGUGCAGAAUGUUAAUAAUUGGUUUCACUACUAGAAUAAUUCACCAACAUAGAUCAACUUCAGAAAAUGGCCACAUAUUUCCACAAGAUUUUUAAACAGAUAAAACUGGUGCCACUAGAAAGUUUUCCCAAUGAAUAUAAAAUACAUAAGUAUGUAAAAAUAAUUGUGAACUUUUAUUAGCUAUUACUCUCCAGUAUGGAGAGCAAUUUUUUCUUGUUUUCUGUAAAAGCAGUAUCAUUUUAGCUGAUUUACAAAGAUGUUUGUUUAUGUUUUGUCACAACUUGUGUUCUGUUAGGUAUCUCUUGUUCUUAUCUGUGCAUAUAUGAACCAAGUGAAACAAAAAAAAUAUUUUGCGUCUUCCUUUUAUUUGAGAUGAAAUCUUCAAGAGUAAGCUUUUGCUUCAGACAUGGAAUCAAUGAAUAGCAAAUGUAAUUAUCUUAAUUUCUGUUCCUUAGAAUUAUGAAUAAAUUAAUCAUUACAUACAAGUGAAGCCACAAAAGGAACUCCAAUCUGUAUUAGUCAAAAUAAGCAAUACAAAACAUGUAAAAACAAGAAACAGUAUGUCAGAUCUACUACAUGAAAUAUGAGUGAAAAGAUGAGUAAACAUAAUAUUAAAUCUGAAGUUUGCAUCUUGA